AUGGGUGGAUGGCAUCCACUGGAUGCGUGCCACUGCCUUGAGUCCACAGUGACCGCCGAUCCGACGUUGUCUGGUCCCUUGUCCCCAUUCAUCUGCUCCUGUACCUUGUACCUCCCUUUCUCAUGUAUUUCCGUUGUCUCUCGAACGGUUAACAACACCUCCGCCCCUCCCUCCUGCACCGUCCCCCCGCUCCACUUUGUCGUCCCCCCUCUCCGUCCUACCCCUGCGUCUCAAUCGCGGACCGCAAUUGCUGACAACCGAGUCAUGGCGGACGAUGUCACGGCCCAGCCGGCCUCUCCCGCUCUCAAACCUGAUAAGGGUAACCCAGAUGUGGACGGCGAGCGCCGACCAUGUCCGGAAGCCAGCGCAAAUUGGAUUUCCCAUAUCUUCUUAGGGUGGGUCUUCUCCCUCGUCUACAACGGAUGGAAGAAGCCUUUGCUAGACGACUAUCUCUGGGAGCUUCGCGAUUUCGAACGCGGCAGCGCAACCACCACCGCUCUCACCAAAAAUUGGCACAACGUCUUAGACGAAGAAAAACCAAAAAACAGACUCUUCUCCGCUAUCUUUCGCACUAAUAGACGCAAAUUGUUCAUCUCGGCAAUCUUCAAAGCCAUUGAGCUCUCACUUGCCACCUUACAGCCUGUCCUCAUCAACAAACUCUUGGUCUUCAAUGAGAGUGAUGAACCCAUCGGCGUGGGCCUUGCAUGGGCCUUCGCCCUCCUCCUCACCCCUGUCAUUCGAACUAUUUUCGAAAACCACUACUUUAUGAAAGUCAUGCGUACCGGUAUGCGCGUUCGCUCUAGUUUGCAAGGGACGAUCUAUGAAAAGAGUCUCCAUAUAAGUCCGUCAGCGAGGGCUAAUUCUUCCCUUGGCGAAAUUGUCAACCUUAUGCAGCUUGAUACUCAGAGGAUUGGAGACUUCUUUCAGUUUUCCAAUCAGCUGUGGGCCUCACCCGUGCAGAUCAUUGUGACCGUUGCACUACUGUACAACUUCAUUGGCGUCUCGGCUGUGAUCGGUUUGGUCGUUACCAUGGCGACGCUACCGGCACAGUCCAUGCUCAUGUCAGCUAUGAUAAAGUUGAGAAAAGAAAGUCUCGGCAUUACUGACCGCCGUGUCAAGCUAAUGAAUGAGAUUCUACAAGGUAUCAAGGCCGUCAAGUUUUACGCAUGGGAAGAACCGUUUUCUGUCGCGGUGGAGGACGAGCGGAAACAGGAGCUAAAGAAACUUUCCGGAACAAUUUGGCUCCGCUCUACCUUUAUGGCAAUUAUGAUGGCUAUUCCGAGUAUUAUUGCAGUUAUCACCUUUGCUUUCUUCAAUGGUGUCUUCGGCGAAGAGUUGAAUCCAGCCCGUAUCUUUACCGGUCUAGCACUGCUCAACCAGCUACGGCUUCCAGUCAUGAUGCUUCCGAUGACUAUUAACAGCUUGAUUGACGCACGAAUUGGAGUAAAGCGUAUUGAGCGGUUCUUGGACCUGGAAAACACUGAAAAUUACUCACGUGAAGAUCCUCAAAAGAAAGACACUGCUCUAGAUGAGCGUCGCGAAGACGUUGACAGCGCCUCUAGUUCUGACUCCUCGGAAUCCCGUCCUGGAUCUAUCCGAAUCAAAAACGGGGAAUUUGAGUGGGGUGAAAUGCAAUCCGAACCGAGCGCCACUGAAAAGAAGGGCUGGUUGAGUAAGUGCAUUCCUGGCCUUGCCAAGAAGAAGGGGGUACCUGAAACGACGGAACAGCGGGUUGAAUCUCAGCCAACUGCGGCUCUGUCGAACGAAAAAAAUACAUCCAGGCGCGGGGCUGUUCUUCGCAACAUUAGCGUGAGUGCCAAAGGCGGAGAACUGGUCGCCGUGGUUGGUCGUGUUGGCUCAGGAAAGUCAUCCCUCGUUCAUGCGAUAUUAGGCGAGAUGCUCAAGGUGGAAGGUGAUGUCCAAGUAGACGGCAAGAUCGCCUAUGUGGCACAAACUGCUUGGAUUUUCAAUGAAACCCUCCGAAAUAACAUUCUCUUCGGCAAAGAAUUCGAUGAGGCACAGUAUCGUAGAGCUGUAACUGUGUCAGCUCUUCAGCAAGAUAUUGAUGCUCUUCCAGGUGGGGACAUGACUGCGAUUGGGGAGAAGGGGAUUAACCUUUCGGGAGGUCAGAAGCAGCGAGUCAGCAUUGCGAGGGCUGUCUACGCCGACACCGAUGUGUACCUCUUCGACGAUCCGUUGUCAGCUCUCGAUGCCCAUGUCGGUCAAGAGGUUUUCAAGCAAUGCAUUUCGAAAGCAGGUGCACUGGGCCAUCGGCUGAGAAUUCUCAUUACCAACCAGGUGCAGGUGUUGCCUGAAUGUGAUAAGGUGAUCUUUCUAGAAGAUGGGGAAAUACGAGCACAGGGGACUUUUGCAGAGCUCGCGUCGUCCAACGCAUCCUUCCAGCAACUAAUCGAUGAACAGGAGAAAGGUGACAACUCAAAGAACAAGGAUGCUCCGCCAUCGGAGUCUCAGUCGGACACAAAUGAGAUGUCCGACGAAAAAGCGGGGACAACACUGAUGCAGUCGGAAGAGCGAAAGACUGGCAACGUAGUCACCGGGGCGUACUACCAGUACGCACGUGCUUGCGGAGGAGUCCUGCAUUUCAUUUUGCUUCUUGUCUUUUGGUGUGUUACGGUGGCAAUGUCAGUGAUUGUCAAUUGGUGGUUGGUCUACUGGGCAGAUGAAACCGCCGCUGGAACUGAGCGCCCCUUGGUUUUUUUCCUGGGUAUCUACUUCGCGCUUGCAUUCGGGUAUGCUAUUCUUGUAUUGAUUCGUGGGAUUUGGUUCUUGUCUCUUGCUCUUGUGGCGUCGCGCAAGUUACAAUCGAGCAUGUUACAAUCUGUGCUUCAUGCACCGAUGGCUUUCUUCGACACCACACCGAUCGGCCGAAUUAUUUCCCGCUUUUCUCGAGAUGUCAGUGUUCUCGACGAAUUGCUCCCGCAGUUUUUCCAGCAGAUGCUGUCAACUGUCCUUAACCUUAUCGCAUCUUACGUGUUCAUUGGUACUAUUCUUCCUAUCUUUUUUGCUGCGGCAAUUCCUAUAACGAUCUUGUACUUCGCCUUGCAGAGGUUUUUCAACCGCACUUCGGUUGAGUUGAAGCGAUUAGACGCAAUCUCAAAGUCUCCCAUUUACGCACACUUCUCAGAGACUCUUGGCGGUCUGAGCACGCUUCGGGCGUAUGGGAAGCAGGACAAAUCACGUGCAGAGAACAUGAAAAUGAUCGAUAUCAAUCAACGUGCAUACUUCGCAUGGCUUGCAGCCAACCGGUGGUUUUCUCUGUAUCUCGAAUUUGCAGGGUCUCUCUUGAUCUUUGCGACAGCCGUUUUUAGUGUGACGGCUCCUGACAGCGUUUCGAGUGGGAACAUUGGUCUAAGCCUGACGUACGCUCUUCAGGUAACAGGCAUUCUUGGUUUUACGGUUCGAUCGAUUACUGAACUUGAAGGCCAAAUGAGCUCUGUAGAACGUGCCAACUACUACAGCCACGACCUACCACAAGAGGCACCAGCGAAGCUUGAUCCGAAGGACGGAGGAGGUGUUUCUGCUGAUUGGCCGACACGUGGUGAGAUAUGCAUUAAGGAUGUUGAACUCCUAGGCGUUGUCGGAAGGACGGGCUCCGGCAAAAGCUCGCUUAUGAUGGCUCUGUUGCGCAUGGUAGAACUGGCCAACGGUUCAAUAUCUGUCGAUGGCGUCAACCUUCGCAGCCUCGGGCUAUCUGACCUCCGAAAGAGGAUCACAAUCAUUCCACAAGAUCCGGUAAUCUUUAGCGGAACGAUUCGUUUUAAUCUCGACCCGUUCAGCCAGCACUCAGACGCCGAGCUUUGGGACGCUCUCGAAAAGUCCCACAUGCGAGAAUUUGUGGAGGCUUUCGAUGACGGACUUGACGCAAAGGUGUCUGAGUAUGGAGAGAACUUGUCAGCCGGCCAACGUCAAGUCAUCUGUUUGACGCGAGCGUUACUGAGAAAUUCGAAGAUUCUCAUCCUCGAUGAGGCUAGUAGUUCGCUCGACAUGGAGACAGACCGCCUGAUCCAGGAAACUAUUCGAACGCAUCUGAAAGACGCAACGAUUCUCACUAUCGCGCACAGGUUGUCCACCCUUGCUGAUUACGACAAAAUUAUAUUAAUGGAAAAUGGAAUGGUAGCUGAGUUUGGCAGUCCCGCGGGAUUGCUUGAGGACUCGAGAGGCAAGUUCACAGCUCUUGUCAACGCUCUGGGACCCGCGGGAAGUAACAGGUUUAGAGAACAGGUCGCAUCAGGAGGCCAAAGACGAUAGUGGUGUUCGUAUCCAUUGCACAGUGUUGAGGGCAACUUCUCUUCUGUACAUAUUCGCAGUAAAAAUGGUUUUCUACCGAGCUCAGUGGUUUAGGGAGGAGGCUAAUCGCAGCCGAAGUAAUGCCGUGCACGGCUACAGGUACAUCUGACAAAAAAAGCAUCUCUUUGAGUUU